AUGAGUCAAGAUCACUUGGAGUUGUUCUUCGGUGCUGUGCGAGCAUGCGGAGGAUGGAAUAACAAUCCAACCACACGGCAGUUUGUAGCCGCGUACAAGCAACUGCAGAUGAGGCACAAUAUUAAAGGAGGUCAUAGAAACUGCGUUGCUCAAGAUGACACUCGGAUAUUAGACUGCGUCAAAGAUCAGUGUGAAAUUGAACAAACGCCAACUGGGAUCUCAGACGUAGCGAUUGCAAGGUAUGACCUGGAGUUGAGAGAGCCAGGUGCCGUCGAUCAUGACUAUUGCGAUGUGUCUAAUUAA